AUGCAAAAACAAAAGAAACGAAAGACUAGUGCCACGCCUGGAAAACGACGUAGUGUUACCAAAAAUGUAUCCAUCCCCACUUCAAUUCCUGCAGUUGACACUUCAUUGAUAGGGAUACCUUCGUUUUUGACCUUAUCGUCGCCUGUCCAAGACCAAAUUACCACCGCUUCUUUCAAACAACCACCGAUGAUCCUCACAUUUCCACCCGAGGUGUUCAUCAACAUUUGUAAAUUCCUUCGACCUCGUGAUCUUGUCUCCCUGAGUGCUGUUUGUAAAGUAUUCGCUCAAUACUUGAUUUCAUCUUCAUCAACCACAACCCAACAAAUUUGGAAAGAAGCAAGGACUCUGCAUUUGAGAUUUUUGCAAAUGGAUCCACCCGAAGGAAUGGACGAGAGACAGUACAUUAAACUGUCAGUGGAGCGUGGAUGCCAAUUUUGCGGUAAACCGAGGAUCAGAAAAAUUUACUGGGCCUUCAGAACACGAAUGUGUAGCGACUGUUUCUCCGCGAAGACUGAAAGUGAAAUCACUAUCGUCAAAGACAUGAAGCUUCCGCAGGAUGUAUUGCUCGGGCUCCCCUCCGUCCAAAUGCAUUUUUACCUAAGCAAUUCAACGGUCAACUAUUAUUGGUUUUCACAAGUCGAGGCGAUGCAUCAACAAUACAAAUCUAUUCCACAAUCACAACUACCUCAAUGGAAAACCGAAAUGGAAACAAGAUGUACUCGCCUCAUGCAAGACGUCCGCCAAAGAGAGGUUGCCGAGGCAAAGGAACGUUUGGCUAGGAGUCAUGACAUUGCUGAAAUCGCUAAUCAACGUAAACAAUAUCUUCGUGAACGCAUUGAGGAAAUGGCUCAAGAAAAAAAUGAUGAAGGUAACCUGCGAUACGUUCGUAGUUACAUUAUGUCAACCGAUGCAUUUAUCAACGCAUCCGUUGCACAACGACCUAUGACAAACCGUGCUUGGAAAAUGUUAAAACGAAAGAUUAUCCAAGAACAUGAUGCUCGAGUGGAAGAAAAUAGCGUCAGCAAUAGCGUAAAGAGUUACUGA